AAGAGAAGAAGAAGCUCAGCUACCUUUGACCGGAAGGGGGUUGUCACCGGGUUACGACAGUUAGCAGCUGUUUACUAGCUAGUUUGAUUUAUCAAACAAACAUUUCGCAAUACGCCGACCAUGGAUAUAUGUGGGAGUUAAAGUAGAAUAAAAUGGUCCUGCACAACUAAGGAAACCGUAAUGCCAUAGAGAAAAGAGCUACUGCCUAGCUCCUCCACCAGGGAGGAGAGGUCUCCCCAGAAAUGGCAACUGAACUUCAUGAGACCAUAUUUAUGGCCAAGCAGGAGCGCCACAAAAACCUGUUUCUUAACUACAAGAACCUAAAUAUUUUCCCUGUAGAGCUGCUCAAAGAUGAAGGCCUGCAGUUUCUGGAGAGACUGUACAUGAAGAGGAACUCCCUCACUACACUGCCUGACAAUCUCGCUCAGAAGCUACCAAAUCUAAUUGAAUUGUAUUUGCACUCAAACAACAUAGUAAUUAUUCCUGAAGCUAUCGGAAACUUGGCCAGGUUGCAGUCGUUAGACUUGAGCAAUAACGCCCUUCAGCUUCUGUGUCCAGAAAUUGGACGACUGAGGUCUCUACGGCACCUGAGGCUGUCCAAUAACCAGCUGAAAUGCCUUCCUCCAGAGAUCGGUGAUCUUCAUGACCUGGAGACUCUCGACGUGUCAAUGAACCAGCUGAUGUCUUUACCAGACCGGCUGCACCGCUGUCUCUCCCUACAGAAUCUAACAGUGGACCACAACCUACUGAAUCACGUUCCUCGACACCUCUGCUGGCUCCACCGCCUCAACCAGCUAUCCAUGGCCGCUAACCGGCUGACAUUUCUACCACUUGAUCUGGGCAGAUCACGGGAGCUGCAGUUCGUGUUUGUCGACAACAAUGUGGACCUAAAAGGCCUCCCCUCCUACUUGUACAACAAGGUCAUCGGCUGCAGCGGGUGUGGUGUAUCAUCUCACUCGCUGGAGGGUGAUCUGGGUGAAGCACUGGGUGAGGCGUUGAGUGAGGCCUUGGUGGGGCUGCCGGCUGAAGUAAAGGUGGUGGCCUCAGGGACGGAUAACGUGGUUCCCCUGGAGGAGCUGGCUAUGAGGACUCUGCACCGCAUCUACCACCACCGCCCCACAGACCUCAGCCUGCUGCCCCCCAUCACCCUCCCAAAGAGCCUCCUUGACCUGCUGCAGUUCCCACUUGGUCACUGUCACCGUUGCAGUCAGGCCAUGUUCACCACCAUCUACCCAAAACUCUUCCCCCUCCGUGACACCGCUCUAGCAGGAGUGCACCGCAGGACGACUGUGAGUUUUGUGGCCUAUUGCUGCUCCAGUCACUGCCUCCGGACCUUUGACCUCCAAGGCUGAAAUCAUUUCCUUCCCACUGUCCAUCUCCAUUCAUGAUCUGUUGAUUGGUUUCCAGAAGGCGAUAUACAUCGCUGCGUUAAAUGGCAGUGAGCAGUUGAUCCCGAAGGUCUGUGAGCGUCAUUGCAGGAGCUCUGUGCUUGAUUACAACACGAAGGACCACACAGAAGCAGCCUGAGCGGAUGUUUGGUAGGUCAGAUGAUGGACACACAGCUCAUUAGGCAACAUUUCAACACUUUGGGCAAAGACUCAAACCUUACAUGAUGUUCCAAAGGCCAGCUGACUGGGAGCGUAAUAUUCUGUGUAUGUGGGGGGGGGGCUCAGCGUAAAGACUGUUAAAUGUGAACAGUGCACCACAGAGCUCAUUCCACUAGAUCUGUCUACAAACAGCAGUAUUAGACCUGAGCUAACUAUUCACCCCCUACUAACAGAUGGGCACUUUUUAGAAAAAAAACAACACUUUGUUGAUUUUGUGGAAUGAAUAAUUUUUUCACAGAAGUUUUUUGCAGCAAAUUGUGGAGUCGUUUUUGAGAGAUUAACAUUUGUAGCAUGUUUUGUUUGACUGAAUACUGAAGAAUAUUUGAAGGGUAAUAAUGUAAAAGAAUGUAUCUGUUUGAUAUGUGUUAUUUUCAGGAGUAUGUGUAGAAAGUUGUUAUAUGAACUCACCAACAGAAGCCAAACGCUUAGGUCUCACAGGACAACACAUACAGCUGGAAAAAGAAAAUGUACAUUUGGGAAAAGAUAAAUGUAAACACAACACACUGCAUGAGGUCAGAUUCAUGCUUGUCCUUCUAUAGGGUUUUUAAAAUCAAAGCUCCACCCAAUAAAAUGAACCAGCAGGUGGUCAGAGGUUCUGUUGUCUGUCAUAUUGCAGGGUAAGUUUUAGCAUUUACGUUGUGACCGGGUUUAAAGUAGCGUUUCAUAUAUGAACUUGUUGAAAGCUUUCUGUCUUUACAAGCAUUAAAAUACCGCGCUGUGUAAAAGUUCCAUGAACAUCACAUUUUUACAUUUGCACUUGAUUAGAUUUAGUAUCCACAAAUGUUCUUAGUUUGAAGUCAGUUUCGUUAUUGUCUGAAGAAAGACUUUUGAACAUUUCGGAGUCACUGUGAUUCUCUUGUUGAACUGACGCUUGUGUGUUCAUGUUUGUUGCCGCUGCACAGUUCUAAUUUAUCUUUUGUUUUGAUUGUGGUGCAUUUGACAGUAUAUGUUGACUAAUGUUUGACUUGAAUGAAUUUGUAACUUUCACCAAAAAGAGUUUAUUGGUGGACACAUUAAAACACAAACGUAACAGUUGCAUUCAUCCAAAGUUGGAGUCUGCAUGUGAAACACAGCAAUGUGAAACGCACGAGGGUUUAAUAUAAAUACACUGAGGUGUUGUUGGAGCAUUUAUUGGUUCUUCAUGUCCUCUGUGUACACUCGGAUCAUUCCAGGCCAACUUAAACAACCCCAUUCGUUCAUAUCUGGGAUUUUCUUGAAAAGAAUCAUGCGCAGUUAUUCAAAAUCAUGAAGCUGAAACCUAAAUACUUUCUUAGCUGUGAAUUUUAGAAGUUUGACCCUUUCAGCUAAAUGUUAUAGUUUUUCAGAGUUAUUCUGAACCUCGUGUCACUUAUUUUUCAUGGAUUGGGUUGAAAUUUGGACUGAACAUCCUCAAAAUUUAAUUUUAAUUUUAAAAAAUUACAUCUUUACUAGUUAUCACUUUCUUGUAACCAUUUUUUUGUUCUGUGUUAGUACUGUUUUGUCACACCUUGAAGUGUUUUUUGUGAUGCAUAAAAACAGACUGCUAAAGUGAGUUUUCCAGUAUUUUGAAUGUUUAAUUUUUUAAAUUGCUUUAAAUUUUAAGUUGAAAUUUUUGAAAAAGUUGAAAGUGAUCACAUUACUCCAUUUACUAAUUUCUAAAAAAAACAGCUUAUACUUUUAAUAAGUGUAAUGUUACAUUUAGAGGUGUUUUUUUAGCUAUGUAUUUCCACUAUGUUGAAUUUAAGGUGGUUGUUUUUAUCUGUGUGAUAUCCAAACACACUGACUACUUCAUCAGUUUUACAGAGCUUUUCAGUUUUUGUUGACAUUGUCAUAAAUGUGAGAACUCUACUUCAUGUUAUGUAUUUAGGUCAUUGUAAUUUCAUUGCAGAUAUAAAGACAAAGAAAGAUGUUA